GAUUGGCUGAGGGUAAGGAUCAUUGGGAUUUAGCGCUGCGGCCACACUGUGCUAAAAAGAGUGUUAUAUUAGUUCAAAAGUUUGUCUUACAGAUAUCGUCUGAUUGAUCACCUUCGAUAUCUGAUACUCUUUGCCUGUUUCCAAGGAACACUGUGCACUUUGCAGAGAGAGGAGUCUGCUCUCUGAGGAGGCUAAAGACACUGAGGAAGAAGGAAACAGCUAGUUCUAUACUUUUUCAACAUGGCAGAGCCGAACUUCCCCCCGUUGCCAGGCUUCAUUCCCAUGAAGCCCUGCUUCUACCAGGACUUUGAUGAGAUCCCUGAGCAACACCGCAGCAUGUGCAAGAAAAUGUACCACCUAUGGAUAUUGAACAGCGCAACUCUUGCUGUGAAUCUCAUCGGCUGCUUUGCAUGGAUGUUUGGUGGAGGUGGUGUGACAAACUUUGGGCUGGCUAUCAUCUGGCUGCUCAUGUUCACUCCCUGCUCCUACGUCUGUUGGUUCAGGGCCCUCUACAAGGCCUUCAAGACUGACAGCUCCUUCAACUUCAUGCAGUUCUUCUUUGUGUUCAUGGCACAAGUCGGCAUCAGCAUCAUCCAAAGCAUCGGCAUCCCUGGAUGGGGUGUAUGCGGUUGGUUGGCAACGAUUUCCUUCUUCAGCUACAAUAUUUUGAUCGCUCUCAUCAUGUUGGUCCCUACCAUCAUGUUCACUGCUGUGGCCUCGCUGUCCUUCAUUGCUCUCACCAGGAUCCAUAAUUAUUACCGUGGCAGCGGGGCCAGCAUGUCCAAAGCCCAGGAGGAGUGGACCACAGGAGCCUGGAAGAACCCGCACGUCCAAGCUGCGGCCCAGCAGGCGGCCAUGGGUGCAGCUGCUGGAGCAAUGCAGGAGCCGUACCCCAGCCCGCAAUACAACGAAAACCAGAUGUAGCCUCGACAACACAGAGGUGUCAGAGAAAUGAUGGGACAGCUAUGCCAAAGCUAGAGCAACAGAGUCGGGAAGUUUUAACCUUUUCCCACAAAAUUAUUUAUUUUAAAGCUAAUUUAUUUCGUUUUUUAAAAAUGACCACUCAAUAUUAAAACACUUUCAGGUUUUACAUUUUGGCUCAAGUCACUGAUUCAGUCAGUUUGAGUGAUUUCAAGCAAUUUCAUCAUCAACUUAAAGCUGUGAACAUCUGUGGGAAGCAGAUUUUUGCCUUCCUGUAUUAAAGGGCAUGAGAUGUUUUUAAAGUAUUUUAUAUCACUUCAUAUAAUUGUUAUCUGUUUGAGAGGUUGAGCUGAAACUAGUGUUGAAUGUGUCUUACUUUAGUUGCUCCAUGAGAGCUGUGUUUGUGCGAUUUCUGUCUUCCUGUUAGUUCUGUAAGAUUUUUACAAAAACAAAUGAACUGACCUUUUUUCUUUUUUGUAGAAUAUAUAACAGUUGAUAUGCAGAAACAAAGUAUAUUUAUGAGUUUGUUUUAAAGUUAAAGGUAACCAAAGAUAGGAUUGAAUGUUAUUUAUAGCCAUUAUUUAAAAUGAUAAAACCAAAUGUGACCUCAUCAUCACUGCAUUUCUAUGCAAUAAAUUAAUAACUACACUGUGAACUGAAAGUCUGUUGUAAUGUAGACAGAGGGGCUUUAUUGCAAUAAGAAACAGUAAUGUUGCAAAGGUUGGACUGAAUUUAAAAAGUAACAUAAUUGAAGCUGUUGACAUGUGAUUUAUGCUCUGCAGUGAAGUCAGAUUUACAGCAUGGAAUAAUUAAAACUGUUAAACUGUCAAAUUCUGCAAAAACAAGUCAAAUAUCUGACCCAUGUUUUAUAAUCACCUCAUUGUAAUCAAAUGUGACAGCUUUGUACUGAAUGUAAGUUUAGUAUGUGUUCAUUUAAAAAAAAAUGGUUUAGCUGAGGUUGAGUGUUGUGUGUCUUUUUGACCACCGGGAGGUGCUGAUGGUUUUAGUUUGAAAUAAAAAAGGUCCAACAUGAA